UCUCCCUCUCAGUUCCCGACCCCCGCAGCCCCUGGGUCCACGUCUCCGUUUCCCCGCGUCCCGGACCGCACCAUCCUGGCGAGCGCGUCGUCCGCAGCGUCGAGCAGCCCGCGCCGCGCCGUGCCGCGCCGUGCCCCCCCGCGGGGAGCCGAGUGAAGAGUGCGAAGUGACCCGGGGCGGCGGCGGCCGGCCCGUCCCCUCCGCGUCAAGUGAUAUCGGGCACCGCGCCCCGACCCUGUGCCCCCCGGCGGGCCGCGCCACCCCGCGCCACGCCCCGCCACGCCGCGCCGCGCCCACCGCGGACAGACAUACAAGUGGGCGGUGACGGUGACGGUCAGGAUGGCCACCCGGCGCGCCGCGCCUGCCGCCGCGACGGGGUCCGCUGCCGGGCCGCCAGCGCCUCGCGGGAAGUGAUACGCAACUCUGCGAGUGAACCCGAGUGAACCCCAGUGGUGUGUGAACCAGUGAAAGUGACCGCCCAGUGCAAAGUGAUAUUACCGACAAAGUGAGACAGUCAGUGAUCGCGACACGAGCGGGCCGGUCGGCGGGAUAUAGUGAUAUGGCGAGGUGACUAUGCAGCACCACUACCCUGCGUCCGAGUCUCCGAUCGGCGCAGCGAGCGCGGGGCUCGACCAGGGCCUGGCCCGGGCGCCGCCGCCGCAACAGGACUGCUGCUACCCGGACUGGAUGCCGAGCUUCACGUCGCCGGUAAAGGAAAUGGAAGCAUGCCUGCUCUCGGCCGGCUCCUGUAAGCCCGCCGCCUCUACGCCCGUCGCCGCCGCGGCCCCGCCGCCCGCCACGCUGCGCUCCAGCCCGGACUCCCCCGGCGACGAGGCGGCGCGCCCGGCAGGCGCCGCCACCAGGGGCUCCCACCGCAGCAGGACGUCACCGUCGACGGCGCCCGACAGCGUCGUCAGCGGGCCGCCGGCGGUCUCGACGGUCGCCGACCACCUCGCCAACGCCGACAUCAUGUCGACGGCGUCCUCGGCCGACCUGGACGACUCCGGGGAGCACAGCGACGACAGCGCGGGCGGCGGCCGGACGGUGCGGCCCCCUCCGCAGGUCCUGCCGCUGCACCCGGACCUGCAGGGCACGGGGGCCGUGCUGGAGAUGAAGCCCCUCUGGGACGAGUUCAACGAGCUCGGCACCGAGAUGAUCGUCACCAAGGCGGGCAGGCGAAUGUUCCCGACGUUCCAGGCGCGGCUGUUCGGCCUCGCGCCCGAGGCCAUGUACAUGCUCAUGAUGGACUUCGUGCCCGUGGACGACAAGCGCUACCGAUACGCAUUCCACAGCUCGUCGUGGGUGGUGGCCGGCAAGGCCGACCCGGUGUCCCCGCCCCGGGUGCACAUCCACCCGGACUCGCCCGCCACCGGCGCCCAGUGGAUGAAGCAGGUCAUCUCCUUCGACAAGCUCAAGCUCACCAACAACCAGCUGGACGAUAACGGCCACAUCAUCCUCAACUCGAUGCACCGGUACCAGCCCCGCUUCCACGUCCUGCACGUGCCCAUGUCGGAGGCCGGGACGCGGCCGGGGCAGAUGCCCCACCUGGGCGCGGGGCCGUACCAGCACCUGGCCGACGACCACAACCCCAGGACACAGAACUUCAAAGUCUUCAUAUUCCCGGAGACGCGCUUCACUGCCGUCACGGCCUACCAGAAUCACAGGAUAACCCAACUGAAGAUCGCGAGCAACCCGUUCGCCAAGGGCUUCCGGGACUGCGACACCGAGGACUGCGGCGCCGAGGUCAUGUCGCAGCUCCAGAUGGGUGGCCCGCGUGGACCAGCUCCGCCCACCCCGACGUCGACGCCGUCCUCGGCGCGCCCACCCGGGCGUCCCCUCUCCGCCAGCAGCAACAACAACAACAGCAGCACCAGCAACAACAACAACCCCGCAGCGACCAACAACAACAACUGCCUGCAGUACGAGAGCAAAGAGAGCAAAGAGGUGGACGCGGCGGGCCUCUCGGAGAGCCUGUCCUCGCGCCUGUCCGGGGCCAGCCACCCGCGGCUGUCCGCCGCUCCGCCCAGCAACACCUCCCCGGCGCCCGUCGGACAGCCAUACCUGGCCGACAUGUGCAACUACGGGCCCAUCUACCACCACCACAGCUCGUCAUCCGUCCCGUCGCCGUACGCGCACCCGGCCUCGGUGCCCACCUCGUCGAGCGGGGCGUACAGCUGCGCCGUGUCCAAGACCUCGCCGACGACCUCGCUGUCGUCCGCCGGGCUCUCGGGGCUGUCGGCCGCCGGGCUGGGGCUCUCGGCGGUGGGGCUGCGCAGCCCGGCCGCCUCGUACCAGCCCGUGCACCCCGGCGUGCACCCCGGCGUGCACCCGGGUGUGCACCCGAUGCAGGACAUGCACCAGGAGCACGUCGUGUACAGCCCGUACCACCACCAGGGCUUCUACCCGCCGGCGCCGCACCCGGCGCGCCUGCACCAGAACCCCUACGACUUUGUGCCUCGGUAGCGCCCCUGCGGCCCUGUUGGUCCCUCUUCCAGGCGUAGUGCUCCUCUUCAAACGCACCUGGAGUCGCACGACAGGUGGCUGUUCACAGCGAACUGGCUGUCCUAAGGAUCUUUGCCUCUGUGUUCAAUUCAUAAUUUUGUGAUCGGGUCAAGUCUGUUGAACACAUGUGUGCCUUCACUAUGUGCUGCUGGCUGACGCGUCGUGGGGCCACGCAAGCCGCCUAUUGUAUCAUAGAGACUGAUUCGGACUGAUGUAUGUAUUUUGGUAUUUGUGACUCGUUUUUAAAUAUCGUCGUUUUCAUUGUUCUGUACUUUUAUGCUGUGCCAAAUAUGGUAUGUCGAUAGGUUCGCAUACUGCAAGACCAAAGAUGUGUAUUUUUUAAAGCUCUCGGGAAUCUCGAUAUAUAUAUUUUAUUUGCUUUCUUGCUGGAAAUAUCUCGCAACAGUUUUCCAAAUAAUAAAAUAAAAAGAAUAUUUGUGUAA